GGUAAAGAUACACUAGAGUAACUUGAGAAAUGAGUGAUGAAGCCCAGUAAAAUCAAGUAUGCUCGAAGUAUCUACAUUCUCCUCACCCUGAACCUAACUAUACUUUUGUUACACCUUUCUGUUCUCGGCCAGACCGCGUGCGGCACCUGCCUGAGGCUCCGCUUGCAAUCCAUCCCAAACCCGCUUUCCUCCUCCAACUUUCGCUUUCAUCCAACCUCUCGCUCAACAACGCUCACACUCUUUUCUUGUUCUGCUGUUUUUUUCCUGCUUUUUUUCUCCAAUCGAGACCUUCAUUCAGUCCCUCCCAUUUGUGUCUUACUCCGAUUCUACUUACCCCUCCUCCCCCUUCUUCCGACCCCCCUUGGCGGCCCCCAAUGCUCACUCGAUAAUCGCGGCCUCCUGAUCCUUUUUUUACCCAUCUUUGCUCGACACCUGAUCUGGUUUUUAUCAGGCCGCACGGCUGAGCCUGCAUUUCGCUUCUUUCACGUUGAUCGGCUGUUUUUAUACGUGUUUACUUUCGUUCUGGGAAAUCGCCUGCAUCUUGCAUCCUGCAUCCCUCGCCGUCCCGACUGCCCAAUCUGAGCCUUGCGUGCAGUCUUCCAACACUCAUCCCUUCCACCCCAAACCUCUGACGAUUCUUACCCAUCUUGUGCUGUUUCGGAUCGCCGAUGAUAAUUGUGGAGGACCGCCGUACUUGAACGCCCAGUACAUGAGACCAUGACCACCGUCUACCCCAGUCCGAAUUCCCCGCCCGAGUUGUCCGGGUCCAAAUCUUCCAAGUCUUCUUCGUUUCACUCCUCACAAAUUGAUGGGCCCGAUAGCGUUUUUACCGAUAUUGGAAACUUCGAAGAAAUUGGCCUCGAAGAUGACGCGGAAUUGCCAAUUGUCGACAAGCCCGCCCCUUAUGGCCGUAGCGUGACAACCCGGUCGCCCGCCGCCAGAUUGCCAAACAGCCUGCCUUACAAAAACCCUGCAGCUACGACACGAGACUUGACUGCGACCCCGAAGCCCCGGAGACGAAGUCCCCUGCCCCCGAUUCACAGCCAGCUCAAUGGGUCCGUUCGGACUCCGCAAUCCGCAGGUUCUUUGUCGGCACGGUCCGGCAACAGAAGAGACUCAGGCAGUGCGAAUUACCCGGGUGGCUUGACGCCUUCACAACCUCGUCGGUCACGGUCGACAUCUCCUCUGCGGCCAACGUCCAGCCGGUCCGCCUCGAGCACCAGUUUGGCUUUGUCACCGCUCUCUGCACGAACUCCCGUCCCAAAACAAACGUGGCAAACAAAUCGCAAGUCUUUGAAGGAUCUAGAGGAUGAAUACCAUGACUCUGACGACGAACUUCCCGACGAUGCCAGUCUGUGGAACAUUCCCAUUUCCCCGCGCCCCGUUCAAGAUCGCCCCCAGUCGCGAGCCGCAAGCCCGAAUGGCCGUAGUCCCGGUCGUCGGCCGCUACCGAUUUCGCACACCACAUCUGAUAUGUCGUCGAACCAGGAUCAUUCGUCACAAUCAGCAUCUCGUGCCGCACGCAUGAAACGAACACAGCGGUCUAGUUCUGCAGGACCUGAACGAGGCCAAAUUUCCCCGCGCAACCCCCGCGCGUAUUCAUACAACAGCUAUCUGUCCGAUCUGUCAGAAGAAGCAAGGAUCAUCACCGAGGCGCUGGAACACCACGCGGAUGAGAGCGAGCGCCAGCAAGAAGACGCCGUGCAGAAUGGACUAUCGUCACGAAAGUCAAGUUCUGAUUCCCCACGAGCAUCCGAUGCGAUUGAAUUACCGCCCUUGCAGAAAUCUAACAUUAUGAUCGACCCGCUACCCAUUAGCAAAGAGAAGGAGAAGGUUCUUACACGUACGCGCCCUAGCUGGCUGCCGCCAAAGGACCAGAAGGAGGAGAAGAAGCAUCUGAGAGAGUACAAGCAGAUGAUGGCGCAAUCGAAGGAAGCUGAAAAGCGAAGAGCAGCUCGAGCUACUUCCGAACAAUGCGAAAAGGACACCACCCGCGCAACGCUCCAAAACAUUUGGGAUGACUAUGUGAACCCUCAUUGGGAUAGUGCGCUGCGCGAGCCUCGCAUACGAGAACUCUGGUGGCGCGGAAUCCCGCCCCGUAGCCGAGGGGCCAUGUGGAAACGUGCCAUCGGUAAUGAACUCUCGCUCACGGAGGAGACAUUUACCAAAGCGUUGCAAAGAGCCAAGGAUUUGCGGUCCAAGACCAAUGUGGAGGCUGGAGAGAACAAAAAGCGUAUGCUCGAAUGUUUUGAGGCAAUCGACGCGGACGUCUCAAAGGCAUUCCCCGAUUUGAACCUGUUCCAGGAGGGCGGGCCAUUGCGGGAUACGCUUAUUGAUCUUUUGCAAGCAUACUGCAUGUACCGUAGCGAUGUGGGCUACAUUCAUGGACUUCACACCAUUGCCGCACUCCUCGUCCUUCAAUUCCCCACCCCGAGCUCCGCUUUCCUCGCCAUGGCCAAUGCCCUUAAUCGCCCUCUCCCAGUGGCCUUCCUGACUUGGGACCGGGGUGCGAUGGCCCGCACGUAUUCCCUCGCUUCCGAGACACUACGCUACAAGUUCCCGCGUCUGUCGACCCAUAUCCAGGAAACCCUCAAGCUCUCCGAGGAGGAGGUCUGGGAGCCCAUUUUCCGCUCUCUCCUCACCAACGGCCUCGAUGUUGAGCGCCUCUCUCGCGUGUGGGACUGCUGGGUCUUUGAAGGGGACCGGAUCAUGAUUCGCUCUGCCGUGGCAAUCCUCGGUUGCCUUCAGGCGCAACUCAUGUCCUUCAAUCAGCCAGACGACCAGUGUCGCCUGGCCGUGCGCAACAUUCUGGGUUGGGGACCUCGCGAUUCUGGCGCUAGUGUUCAGAAGCCAAAGGACCGACACAGUGCACCUACGGCAGCUGGAUUUGGUGGUCAGGUUACGAACCCCGGUGUGGCUGAUUAUUGGAUCUUGACCGCUGCUGGCAACGAGGAUGGGUUCAUGACUGCCGUGAGAGAGGCUGGAAAGAUCAAGCAACAACAACAGCAAUAGCCUUAGUGGCUGGAGGGGUGUGAGUCUGUCUUUGUUAGGAUAUCUUGCGCGUCCGUCUUAUGCCUACUCUCGUUUCCAUAUCUUGGUCCUCUGUCGGCUCUACGGUCUUCCACUCGCUCCUUCGGGGAGCCCACAUGCCUACGACUCACAACAACGCCCGUUUCGUACGGCCCCGACUAACGACGACGUUGGCUCAAAGAACAUCGUCCUUUAACGUCCGUUGUGCUCCGUCUGUUGUCUCUUGCCUAUCAUUGACUCCCGCUUCUUACUUUUUACAAUACUCAUUCGCUCGCUGUCUUUUUCCUUUCUCUCUUUUCCCUGCUUAUACUGCUGGCCUGGCUUGUCCGUUUCUGGCCCAUCUGUUGUUCCUUCGUUUUUCUACCUUUAUUUUCUAUACUUGUAUUUUUAUCACAUUACCUCACGGCCUUGGAUGUUUCCUGUCUAUUGAGGAUACUCGGUAGUGGUACACGUAGCAAUUGAGGCCUCUUUAUCCUGAUUAAUUUUCCUCCUUUCUUUGAUUUAAGGUUUAUGAGAGAUGCUAGCGUCUUAGUACUCUUCUUCAAGUGUCGGGGUCUUGCCUAAAAUCCAG